CAGAAGAUCAGUUACGCCGUUAAUCAGCUAACUAAACUGUUACUUAAACGACGAACCGACUCUCUUCUUUCUCUUCAUUCUCACCUCUCACCUGGUUUGACACAGAUACAGUAAGCCAGGUGUAAUCUCCCUCCCUCUGGCUGCUUGCUUCCUCUUGUGUUUCAGUAAAUGGAUUAACAGCGUUCGGCUGAGAGCAGCACAGAGAGCAGAAAGACACAGCAGGCAGACAAAGCAGCACUGAAGAGGAGGAAAGAAGCAGUGAAAGUGGAGGAGCUGGAGGCUAUUUUGGACUUUAAUAUUUGUUUGCAUGGAUCCGAUUGGAGCAGAGAGAAGUCGGCAGUCAUGUCUGGAUUUGUGGAUCUGUUGCUCAGAUAAUCCAUCCAUCUAUUGCUUCUUCAUCCAUCCAUCCAUCUGUCCCUCCUCGUCUCCCUGCUGUCCUCCUCUCAAACUGCCAAAUGCUAACUGAACCAAACUGCUCUUAACGUAGCUGCAGUGUAGAAAGAUAUUGAUAAACCUGGUUAUGCAUUUGUGUGGAUGUGAUUUGGCUGAGCUGUGAUUAACGUUGAUGUAACCUAGCUUGGCGGUAAUUUAGUUUUGUUAUAAUUCAUCAUGGUUGCAAACGUUAGCCUGGCUAUAAUAUACCUGGGGUUGUACCUUACCAGCAUCUGAGUUGUAAUUUAGCUUCGUUAUAAUUUUUAAUUUAACCAUAUUAAUAAUUUAGCAGAGCUGUAACUCAACAUAAAGUUUGUUUGUUAUUAAAUUAGCUGUAGUUCAUAUUCUUGUGAUGGAUCCAAAUGGAGAGGAAGCUGAAGUGUUUUCAGAGGAAGAAGUCCUGAACCCUUUGAAAGCAGAGGAGGAAGAUGAGAGUGAGGAAGGAGAGGAGGAAGAGGAGGAGGAGGAGGAUGAUGAGGAGGAGGAAGUUGCUCGGAUCUUCAGUACCUGGAUACAGCAGUACAAAGGGGGAGAACAGCAGAGGACGAUCGGAGAAGAGGAGGAGGAGGAGGAGGAGGAAGGGGAGGCAGAUGGCAGGAGAACUGGAAGCAGGAACAGCUUACAGCCGCCGGCUCGGAUAAGGAUGGACCGCCGGGCGUCACUGCCGUGUCCGGCGACUCUGUCGUCCAUGCAGCUGUCUCGUCUCCACUCGUCAACCCGGGCUCCGGUGACAGCGAGGGUUCUGCUGCGUCGCUCCUCCUCCUCCCGCCGCCUCCUGCCAUCGCCACAGGAGGCCGUCGCUGCUCCUGUCCCUGAGCGAAGACGCUCACUCAUUCCCACAAUCCCUGAGGCCAUGGCGCCUGAGAGGCGGGGCCUUUUCAGGAGACGCAACGUCAUGUCGAUGAGCGAUGCAGACAGUGUGUGUCUGAUCUGUCACAACGACUUGAGUCAAGGAACCGGCGGCACCAGAGAGCUGCAGUGUACACACACCUUCCACAAAGAGUGUAUAGAGGAGUGGCUGUGGAGGAAACAGUCCUGUCCCACGUGUCAUGUUCAGGUCUCCGUGCCGCAGCCCGUCUACUGGGAUUCCACCCGGGUCAAAGUCCCCUAAGACCACCAGGAGGGCAGAGUGACAUCAUCAAACUUACACUUGAAACCUAAAGCAUAACACUGUGACAUCACUGACGUUCCUGUAAAACUUCCAGCAGCUAACCGUGACACUGUUAAAGUUUUCUAAGUCUCAUAAAAUGUAAAGCGUUGGACCGUGACAUCACUGAGUCCUCUACAACUUCCAAGUGUGAGCCGUGACAUCAUCAGUUAACCGCAACAUUGUUGGUUUAAUGAAAACUUAAAACCUUGGCCUAUGACGUUAUUAAACUGCCAUAAAAGCUCCGGCGGCGGACCGUGACCUCAUCUUAGUCUUCUUAAACUUCAAGUAGUGCACUGUGACAUCAUCACUCACUUAAAAUGACCAGAGGUGCACCGUGACAUCAUCACAUCAUCCUCUGAAUCACCACCAGGAGAGAGUGAUGUCAUCAUUAAAGUUUCCUAAAAGCACCGGGAGGGGACAGUGAUGAACGUGACACACAUAACGAUAUAUUAUUCAAAGAGAUUGAUGCUCCAGUCUGAUAUAAUGGUGUUUAAUAGCUGUGUACAUAUUCAUUAAUGGCCAAUUUUAAAGCUGAUACCACUGUUACCUCACCUAAGUGUGUGUGUGAGAGUGUGUGUGUGUAUGUUAGCAAUAAUUUACCAAACUCACUUUGUUUUUACGAGUUUAGAUGUGUUUCUGAAUGUAAUGAUUUUUGAAUAAAGUUUGGUGGAACAGAGAA